AUGAUAAUUAUAUCAUCGACAACUAGUAUUAUGACCAUGUCAACAAAUGCUACUCUUAUAUCAACGAAACCUGCUGAGCAAGGUUAUGACUCAUCAUACUUUGCAAGUAUGUUCAAACGUCUUCUGAUUCUCUUCGGUUCGAUCUGUUUCCUUUGGUUAAUCAUGGGACUUGUCUUCGCUUCGCUUCAAACUUUUCGUCGGUUGAAGAAGAAAACUUCGCAGAAAUUCUUUCGUUAUAAUCGAUCAUUACCACCGACAUCGCUGUUAACACCAAUGGAAAGUACUUUGAGAAGUGGUUUAAGAGCUGAUAUUGAUGACGACGAUGAUGAUGAUGACGAUGACCAAGCAAGCGUUUUCACUUCCGUAUCAUUCCUAUCCGAACGGUCGCGACCUGUACACGAACAUCGACAUUUCGCUGCACCAUGUGAACGAAUACCUGAAGAAGAAUUCGAACUAACUUUACCAGUAACAGCUGGCAUAUCGAAUCUUGCAUUUAGUCGAUCAACCUUAGCCUCUUCGGCGAGCGGUGGUCUCUCUCUACUCUACUAUCCCGCUUGUCGAAAUUUUGCCUACUCACAGUCAACACUUGCGUCAUCCACAGCUGAUUUAAACACUCCAACACCAUCGAUAAUUGUGCCAACUAAUGAACCAUCUGUUGGGAAAACACGAACAAAUCGCUUAGCUAAUUUUAAACGACAAUCAUCUCAAUCAUCAACAACUACUACAGUUAGUCAGAUUACUAAUGCCACCUAUCUCUCAUCGAGUAGUGCCUCGACGUCAUCGAGUGGUACUCUUACCGAAGCAUCCUUAAAUAGCAAUCGCUUAAUACCUAAAACGGUUAGUGAAUAUCCAUUACCAUUCAAUGUUCGAACGAAGUAUUUAACCGAUGAAGAAGAUUAUACUUUAUCUGAAGCAAUUUCAUUCUCUGUCCUGUCCAAACAACAAUCGUCUUCGACAACGACUAUUCUCGCUGGCUUUGCCUAUGACAACAUUUAUUAUGUUUUCGAUAUCGAAGAAGGCAAACCGAAAAUCAUUUUUUCGCAAGACGAUCUUCCUGAUGUGGUCCUAACAAGCAAAGAGAAUAAUCCGAUUAAUAUUAAUGAUGGUCAAUGGCAUAAAUUGAAUAUUGAACGAGUAAAUCGAAAGCUACGAUUUCAGCUCGACAACACCGAACAAUCAGAUAUGCAAUUACCGGAUGGUUGGCAAACAAAGACGAACAUAUUCAUCGGAGCUGAAUUAACACCAGUGCCAAAUGGAGAUUUUAAUGGAAAACUUGGUGAUAUUCUGGUAACGAAUGCAGGCCGAUCAUUAAAUCUUCGCGAAGAAGAUACAACUGAUGAGAAUGAAGACAAUCUAAAAGAAUCAUCGACGCCUUUGAUAUCAUCUAUACCAUCAUCAAGCGAUAAAAUAUUUGUUGUUGUCGAUAUGAAAUCAUCUCAAACCAAGCAGAUCGUUGGUUUCCUUCGGACAGAUAAUAGCGAAGUUGUUGUGCCAUCACCAACAAAUAAUCCUUUCAAUACCUUAUCAUUUUCCUUUCGGACACGUUCAAACGUCAGCACACUAAUGCAAUUCGGUCCAAUUAGUUUGAACAUUGACGUUGAUGGAUACUUGGCAUUAGUUAUUCGUGAUAAACAAGCUCAGCGGAUUUCAUCCAACGACGAACAAAAACCUAUCAAUGAUGGAAGUAUCUAUAGCGUUCAUUUACAACGUACGGACAAGAAUAUCGAAGCAUGGAUCAUGAAGAAGAAUAGUUUCCAGUCUGCCAAGAAAAUUUCCAUGGAAUUGUCAUCAGCGAAAUUGAACAUUGAUAGUUUUGUCUUCGGCCCACGUAGUCAAUUCAUUGGCUGUUUAGAAAAUGUGACUUACAAUGAGCAAGUUAUUUCCUUCAAACAUUUAUCAUCAAACCGACAGCAAUGUCCAUCGAGCAGUAUUGUGUUAAAAUCAGCUGAAGUUCUUUCGACGAGCAAUAUUUUCAUUGACCAAAUCAUUUCAUUCAAGGAAUACGAUCGACCGUUGAUUGUCCCCAUUGAUUAUCCGGAAGACUUUCGAUUAUUUUCACUUGUAUUCUACACACAAGAAUCGAAUAGUAUUAUUUGUUCACUAGCGGACCGAACGUAUACUAAUUUUCUUACGUUGAGUAUUUACAAUGCACGUCUAUUGUUAACAUUCGAUGAUAAACAACGAAAGCGUUUGAAGAUCUUCUUGAACGGUACUGGUCCGGUCGACGAUGGACGCGAUCAUGAAGUAGUGGUGAAAUUAAUCAAUAAAAACGAUUUCAUUGUUGAACUCGACGGAAAUGUGGUGAUGAAGAAAAUCAGCGAAACAUUUCGUAUUCAAACGAUUUACAUCGGCCAACUGGAUAGUUUUCUCAAAGAAAAGCAUGCGAGUUUGGAUGGUGAUAACUUCGUUGGCUGUAUUAAGAAUGUCAUGUUAAAUGAACGAGCUGUUAUCAAACUAGAUCAUAUUCAUCAUGCCGGACGACUGACCAAUGUUUGUCAAUUAUCAAAACGUGGACGUAAACAUGUCAUCUCCUAUGUUGCACCUGAUGUCAGCUUUUCUAUGCGUGAUCGUCGAGACAUUAUCGAACUGCAAGUUCAGCCGAACGAUGAAUUUCGAUAUUGUCAAAUGCCGAUCAAAACAUUGUCGGCUAAUGGGGUCAUUACUUCCAUGUAUUCGAACGACGAUCAACGCGGUCUAGUUCUUGGUUUAAAAGAUGGUAAACUACAACUGAAAUAUUACUCACCAUUGAAUAAAACAUCGCAAAUUAUAUUCAACGACAAUCAAACAAUUAAUGACGGCAAACAGCAUCGGAUUUUAGUAACACGACAGAUACCUGAAACAACAUCCCAUGAUAAUAUAUAUGUACAAAUUGACAAACGUUCAACGCCCAUUUCGGUUCCUGAAAGUUCGCCGAUGUUUUUCGAUGUGGUAACGAUUGGCGGAUCGUAUCGUUUAAUGACAGAUGCAGCAAAUAAACCAUUUGUUGGAUGUUUUGCUAAUGUAACAUACAAUCGUCAACCAUUGUUACCCGAAGGGGUCUUGAAAUCUGAUCGAUAUGAUUGUUUCUAUCAACAAGGAACGAUGUGUGAUCGACAAGUACCAUGUAGUAACAGUAUUCGACCAUUACAAUUCUGCGGUCAGUCAGAUUGCUCGAUGGUCUGCGCGCCAACAUCCGUCGACAUGGCAAAUAAUGGUUUAGUUCGUUACUCAACACAAAUUGGACCCGGCCAACGUGAACAGAUUGAUUUUACUAUCUUCACCACAUCAGGCAAUUCCACACUCUAUCUAUCGAGAGACGGUCCUGUUCAAGUUUCAAUUGUUCUUCAGAAUUACUAUCCACGCCUUCUAAUACAAAAUGGCGCCGCUAUGUACACGUAUGAUUUUCCCGGUCGAGUAAGAGGCGAUCAAUGGCAUACGUUGCAAUGUCAAAAAACAUCAAAUACACUUGACUUGACAUUUGAUUAUGAAACUCGACAUUAUACCAAUCUCACCGGAUACUUUAGUUUAUUUGGUGAUAGAAAACUUCACAUAUGUGGAACAAGUUUCUAUGGCUAUGUUCAAGAUAUCGUGAUUGUCUCGGAUAAUCAUCGUGAGAAUUUAAUACAGAAUUGCAUUCGUAAUCCUUCCUUAGUCCAGUACGAUCCAAGUGUUGGAUGGAACAAUCAUGCUGCUAUACCUCAACGUAAGUUGUAA